GGUGAACGCAAGAGAUUUGAUACUGUUAGCAAUGGAUGCUUCUGGCAAUAGAAUUCUUUCUCCAUCCUUCACUCCACUUUCAUCUAUUCCUACUCAAAAAAUCACGUUCGGAUGUCCAGUAAUUGAUUGUUUGUUUGGUGGUGGUUUGUGCUUGAGGACUCUUACCGAGGUUGUAGGCGAGAGCGGAACGGGAAAAACACAAAUUGCCCUUCAGUUAGCUCUAAAUGUUCAAUUACCUAUAGUGCAUGGUGGUCUUGAUGCUUCCGCGUUAUACAUUUACACUGAUUUUUCAUUUCCGAUCAAGAGGCUCAAACAAUUAUCGCUACGAAUACCAAACUUGCCACGGAACGCACUUGACAAGGGAGCGAUAUGACAAGGAGACAAAAUAUUUUUUUCAAAUUAUCAUCGAGACUUAAGCAAUUGGCCACAUCAUUCAAUUUGGGUGUCUUCAUCACCAGCCAAGUAGUUGAUGUCAUGCCCGGAAACAAUUUGGUGAGAGUUGGGAACGAUGUAAAUUUGAUCAGUUCCGGAAGGAGUGUAGCACCUGCCCUUGGUCUUUCGUGGUCGAGUUGUGUUAAUUGUAGAAUAGCGAUUGUCAUUAUUGACAACAACAAUACGACAACAUCGACAUCGACAUCCACAUGUCUUCGGCCGCGUCGGUUAUUAAAAGUUGUUUUUGCUCCACAUUUGGGAACGCCAACUGCUGAAAUUCUUUUCGAGGAUUACGGUAUAGUUGGAAUGUAACUGCUCAAAUUAAGA